AUGGCCCCCGAUAUUGCACAGGCCCGGCUCUGGAAGACGCCAUCCACCAGAAAGAUCCUCAGCCAAAGCAUAUCGAACCGCGACCUGGCAACAUGCCGACUAGUCUGUCGCAAGCUGGCAGUGCUCUUAGCGCCCCUUCUUUUUGCAGAUAUCACAAUCCACUUCUGCAGUAGCACUUUACCCGGGCCAUCGCGUAUGGCAUUCCUGGAGCGCAUUGGGCGACACAUCGAGGCUAUGGCAUUCAAGAUCCCGCACAGCGCAGUAACCUUCCUACCGCCGAUUCUCGAUCCAGUCACAGUGGCUCCACAGACAUUCAUCUACAGGCCACGACACCCCGAUGCAUACCACAGCAGCCCCAAGUACGGCAGCCAGGAAAUGACCGGCUGGCUGGUCAAGCACCCUGGCGCUCAUGAAGAGCCUGCGGCAUCUUCGAAUCAGUUGCGAAGGCCAAAUGCCCAGCCAUCGAUACCGCCGGAGUGCCGUGGACUAUGCCUUGAUCUCAUUGCGGAUGGCAAUGGAACAGGCACCAUUAACAUCAUUGACGACGCUUUCGCUGCUCUCGAUUCAUCCCGGAGCGGUGCUCUAUUUGCAGCCGAACCUGGGAUUUGGCGCAUCGCCAGGUUCGCGGAAACGCUGGUCGCAGAUCCGCCAUUUGACUAUCCGCAUGACGAGCUUUCCUUGCGAGGCGGGCCAACCGACAGAGCAGACCACCUCAAACUGCUACACGCAUACCUGCAAAGCUUCCCAGCCCUAAAGAACCGAACCCCAUCUCCGAACCUCGACCAGAACGACCGCAGCGCACACAAGUUCCCAAAACUGGAACACCUGGAGCUAGUCAAUGCGACGAUGGAUGCAACACAAGUAGCAUCGUUCAUUUUCGAGCACCGUCAUUCCCUGCAAGAGCUCAACCUCGAAGAUGUAGUGUUGCGCAGUGGCACCUGGGACGAGGCACUGGCGCCUCUGACCCGCCUGAGCGGCAGUGAGUGA